AUGGCCUUACCAUUCAUACUUCUCUCCACUCUCGUGACCCUCCUCCCACCUCUCCUUUUCCUAACCUGGUACCUCCACGUCCCACGAACCCUCCCGAAUCUCCCUCGAAUCCCAAUCUACGUCUCGAUCCUCGGACUAUGGUCCCCAAUGGGCCAAGAUGAGAUCUACGAACGCUGGUUCAGGACUCCACUAGAGAAACACGGCGCCGUGUUAGUCUGGUUCGCUGGACGAUGGAGUGUUCUAGUUUCACGGCCGGAUUGGUUAACUGAUAUGUUCCGUAAUGAACAAAUAUACGCAAAAGCCGGGAGCCAGAUUAAGAUCCCUCAUGCUGUUAUUGCGACUCUUGUGGGUGAUAACAUUAUCAAUGCGCAUGGCGAGAACUGGAGACUUUAUACCGGUAUUAUGAAGGCCGGGUUGCAGAAGAAGGUUUUCGAGACGACAUCUUUGCUGAAGCAGUCGAGGAAGCUGGUGAAUGUUCUGAUCGACCUGCAGAAGGAGAUUGGAUCUAAAGAAGGUAUUUUGGUCAUGGCAGAUGUGCAGAAAUGGGCUGUGGAUGUGAUGGGCGAGAACUUCCUGGACUUGGAUCUGAAGAGCCUGGGCCAACCAGACGGCGCCGUCCGAAUCGAAGCCCUUCAAUCCAUAAUCAAAGCAACUCUCUUUGAACCAAUGUACUUCAGCUUCCCAGACCUAGACCACUUCCCCUGGCUCCUCCCAUCACGCAAACGCGCAUACAAUAUAAUGCAUGAAUUCGAUGACCGCCUCUAUGCCAAGAUAAUGACAAUGCUCCACAAACGCAGCGAAAGCAAAGACACACCACAAUCCGAAGAAAUGGUCUCACAUAUGCUGGGUGAAGCAUAUACAUCGGGCCGAAUAACUGAGAAACAAUUCCGGGAUAACCUAAAGAUAACAUUCCUAACCGCGCACGAAAACGCCCAGCAACUCGUCACCUCGAUGUUCUGGCAGCUGGGGACUCGAAUCGAUAUCCAGGAUCGACUACGGGAGGAGAUCCUGGCUACCUCCAAGACCCACCCAAAUCCAUCCCAGGAAGUCAUCAACAAUCUCCCGUACCUCACGGCCGUGGUUUUGGAGUUACUUCGUCUCUUCCCGCCUGUUUGCCAGCUUAUUAACCGCGUCGCGCUGCAGCCUGCAAUGCUAGGUGGGGAACUUCCUAUUGCGAAGGGUACGUUUGUGGGAUGGAAUGCGUGGGCAGUGCAUAGUAACCCUGCUGUAUGGGGUGAGGAUGCGCGCGAGUUCCGGGCGGAGAGGUGGGGGGAGAGUGUUGAGGAGAUGCAGGGGAGGUUUCGAAGGGAGACAGUGCGGGGAACGUAUAUUCCGUUCAAUGCGCACAAGCGGAAGUGUCUUGGACAGGGGUUUGCGUUGUUGCAGGUGAAGAUUUUGUUGUUUGUUUUGCUGGGGAGGGUGAGUUGGAUUGUUGAUCCUGAGUAUCGAUUGAAGAUGACCCCGGGUGGGAUUCUGGCACCGCUCGGUUGUCGGGUUAUUUUGACCGAGUUGGAGUCGUGA